AUGGUCAAGUUAAAUGAGUCACAGCCCGGAGCAACCUCAAUAUCAAGAGAAAUGAAUUCCUCCGACUUCAAUUUCUUCUCCCUUCUCCAAAGCCAACCAAAAGUUCCGGUGGUAUUCUACUGGCCGGAAAAAGAUGUGACCCCUUCGGAAGGCGACCUAGACCUUCCAAUAGUCGACCUGAGUGGCUUCUUAAAUGGCGAUGAAGCCGAGACGCAGCUUGCAGCUAAGGCCGUGAGAGAAGCAUGCAUGGCUCACGGUACCUUUCUAGUGAUCAAUCAUGGCUUCAAGUCCGGCUUGGCUGAGAAGGCACUUGAGACAUCGAGUUUGUUCUUUGGACUGUCCAAGGAUGAGAAGCAAAAGACUGUGAGGAUCCCAGGUAGCAUAUCUGGCUAUACCGCAGGUCACAGCCAAAGAUUCUCCACCAACCUUCCUUGGAAUGAGACUUUAACUUUGGCUUUCAAGAAGGGUCCACCUCAAGUCGUUGAGGAAUUUUUCACCACAAGGCUAGGCGACCACCGUCAAGAGAUUGGUCAAGUGUUCCAAGAAUUUUGUGAGGCAAUGAACUGUUUGAUUCUGGAGUUGAUGGAGUUACUAGGAAUAAGUAUGGGUUUGAAGGACCGGACAUAUUACCGAAGAUUCUUCGGAGACGGAAAUGCCAUUUUCAGGUGCAACUAUUAUCCGCCAUGCAAGCAGCCGGAAAAAGCCCUUGGUGUGGGUCCUCAUAAUGACCCAACGGCUAUCACCGUUCUGCUCCAAGACGAUAUAGUCGGGUUGGAGGUAUUUGCCGGAGGCAAAUGGCAGACCGUGCGCCCUUGUCCCGGUGCUCUUGUUGUCAACGUUGGAGACACCUUCAUGGCCCUAUCAAACGGAAUCUACAAGAGUUGCUUCCAUAGGGCAGUGGUUAACAUGGAGAGAGUGAGAAGGUCGUUGGUGUUCUUUUCUUGUCCUAGAAGAGACAAGAUCAUCGCACCUCCUCCUGAACUUGUGGAGGCUAAAGAAGCUUCUAGAAUGUACCCUGACUUCACUUGGGAACAGCUCCAGAAAUUUACUCAGUCCGGCUACCGAGUCGACAACACCACUCUCCAGAACUUCUCUUCCUGGCUCGCCACUGACUCUGCCAAGAACCAUGUCAUCGACAAGAAAUCAACUUGA